ACCAAGUUAGGCGUGUGAAAGGACAUACAUACAUACAUAUAUAUGUAUAUAUGUACUGUAUAUUUAAAGAAUCAUGUUUAGAUAUAUAUCCCGCGCGUUGUACGCCGUGCAGAAUUCAUCAGUAAAUUAUAAUCGUAUUUUUAGUGCAGACUAUGAUACGACGAUUUUAAGUUUUUCCGCUGUGUGCACUGAAAAACACCUCAGCACAAACCCAGCCAGAUUAUGUGAAAAUACACACAAUUCUCCAAAUGCAGAUAAUGGUCCAGAUCCCACAAAAACAAAAAUAGUUAAAAAUCAACAAACCCAAGAUUCCAGUGAAGUCAACAAACUUGAUGAGUCAAAUCAUGGAGACAAUACUCAGAAGGAGGAUUCUAAGGGAAAAGUGGUUGCGGCCAAGAGUGGGAAGCAGAAUCUACUUGAUCUUCUGGGAGCUAUGAAGGUGGACGUCACCAGUAAGAGGAGGCUACAAAAUGUCAAACCUAAAUCUACACCUGUAGAAGAUAUGGAGAGCACCAUUAGCAUGUUUCAGAAGGCUUCAGAAGAUGCUUCAACACAGACACAAAGUUUGGAUCCAGAACUUCUCUCGGCUGCCUCUGCUGCUGCUUCCACUUUUCCUAAUCGCAUCCUGGCAGAAUCUGAGCUGCUCAAGCAGCUGAGGAAGCAUGAGGCCAUCACUGAGGCUCACAAGAAGGGUGACAUAAAUGAUCUCGGAGUGAUUAUAGCUGACAUGAAAGUGGGAAGAAAAAACAAUCGAGAAAAUGCUUGGCCAAGCAAUCAGAUCCGGUUCGAUGAUGAUGGGCAGGGCUACACACAAGGUGGAGGAAUCACUGCAGAACUGAACCGUGUUCGCAGAAAGAGGAAAUUGUUCACAGGUAGAAGACUAAACAUCUUCUCUUCAACGGCUAAUGAAGAUGAAGCAGUUUCAACAUUUGCUCGACCAACACUGUGGGACGCCGACUUUGCGGAACAGCUUGCUUCUGCUGCCAACCAAAUGCCCCGAAAUGCCUUUGAGGAAAUGAUCCAGUGGACCAAAGAGGGGAAAAUGUGGCAAUAUCCAAUUGAUAAUGAAGCAGGCCUGGAAGAGGAGGCAAGCAUUCCUUUCCAUGAGCAUGUCUUCCUGGAUAAGCACUUGGAGGAGGGCUUCCCUAAGCAAGGGCCAGUUAGGCACUUCAUGGAGUUAGUGGUGACUGGUUUAUCCAGAAAUCCCUAUCUGACCGUCCAGGAGAAGAAGGAGCACAUUUCCUGGUUCAGAGACUACUUCAAUCAAAAACAGGAUGUUCUCAAAGAGGCUGAAGGUUACGCAAAUUAAAAUUUUGAAAAAUUGGAUGUAAUUUCAAUACUUAUGAAAGCCACUCUUAUAUGUAAUAAAAUGAAAACGUGUGUGGUAAAGCUCCUGUAUUGUCAUAAUAUUUAGUCCGCAAUCCUCAUGUAUUUUUAUUGGAAAAUUCAGGUCUCUAAAAGGGGGAUAACAAAUAUUUGUGAGAGGUAACAGUCUGAAAAACGACCACAGAGGAAAGACUGUCAGCUACUGUAAGUGUGAGAAGUAUAAAAUGACAUGUUUUCAUUUGUAGUGGUAACAUCAUUAAAAUAACAUCGUUAAUGGAUGUUUGGUGAUUUGUCGGGAGGAUAAAUCGGUUGUUCCUCAAUGUUUUAAGGGCCUGUUGAGACCUGUCUGUCACUUUGAUUAAUGAUGUUUUUCUUGGCAGGCAGUGAAAUAGGUUUAUGUUGGCAUGUGGGCGUCUUGGACCUCGGCUGGUUUAAACUACACGUUUAAAUAGAACU